CUACCCACCUCACACUGCAUUGCAUUUUGCUCACUCGCGACGAACGAACGAAACAGCACUGGCUGCUGACCAGGACACGAAAGACAACGACCACGACAUCCACGACAACUAGCCCUUCCCUUCGCACCUGCCCACAAUGCGCGCAGUGGCAUACCUCGCCUUUGCGUUCGCGCUCCUCGCGUCGGCCCUCGCCCACAGGAUAGACGUGGCGGCCGGCGCCAAGAAGUGCUUCUACGAGGAGAUGCAGAUUGGUGACCGGAUGACGAUCACGUACGAGGUUGGCCAGUCCACGGGCGGCAAGCUGGAUAUCGACUUGGUCGUGUCCGACCCCCACGGAAACGCCCUGUACAACUCGUACGCCGAGCCCCAGGGCACGGUGACCAUCACGGCGGCCACCAACGGCCUGUACACGUACUGCUUCAACAACCAGCACUCGUCGUGGGCGCGCAAGACGUUGAGCUUCAAUAUCCACGGCGUCCGCUACAUUGAUGACAACCAGGAGCUCGGCCCCGUCGAGGAGGAGAUUCGCGACCUCGCGUCAGGGCUCCAGGUGGUCAAGGACGAGCAGUCGUACCUCGUCGUGCGUGAGCGCACGCACAGGGAUACGUGCGAGUCGACGAACUCGCGUGUCAAGUGGUGGGGCAUCACGCAGAUUGGCAUCCUGCUUGCCGUCUGCGCCUGGAACGUGCACUACCUCAAGAGCUGGUUCGAGGUCAAGCGCGUGCUGUAGGUGUAAUGCGGAGACGAUGCAUGUGUGUUAUGAUGGG